CUAAAUUUCUUUGAACCAAAUAAACUCAAUUAAUUCCAUUAACCUUCACAAAAUUCAACUUAUUAGCUUUAGCUACAAAUUAGCAUUGAAGAACAAUAUGACCACACCUCCAAGCUUUGAAAUUGGAAAUCAAGGCAUGCAAAUGUUUCCUAUGGUCAUAGAAGAUUUGAUGCCAUUACCAAAUUCCAUGGAAGGAAUUUCAGGAUCACCCUCUAAUUCUCUCCUCUUCAAUCUCUCUAUUCUCAAAGAAAAAUUCAAUCAAGUGCAAAAUCUUGUAGGUGUUAUUCUCUCCCCAAAUCAACAAGACUCAUCAACUAAUUCAAUGGCUAUAUCCAACAUGAAUUCCACAAUACAAGAAAUCAUAGUAACUUCCACAUCAAUCAUGUUCACUUGCCAACAAAUAGCUCUUGGUAAUUUCCCUCAAGGUAAUAAUUCUACUACAUGCACAAACCAAGAAUUUCAAAAGCAACAAUCUAAUAAUAUUCAAUCAAGUUUUGGCAACAAUAAUACAAACAUAGAUCUUAGAGGUCAAAGCUUAUUAGAUUCUAAUAAUGAGUCACAAGCAUUGGAUUGGUUUGGUGAAAGAUAUAAGCUAGAGCAUGAUAUUGAUGAUCAAAAGUUUGGUCAUGAAAUUAGUGAAACCAAUAAUAGUAUAAAAGGUUCUAAUGAAGAUAUUUUAACGAAGAACAAUUGUGAUCGCGGUGAUACAAGUCUAAAAUUUGGGCCGUCUAAUGCUCGGACUGGAGUAGAAUGUGGCGAAGAUAUAGUUGAAUUGGACGCGACGGAUUUAUUAGCUAAGUACACACAUUAUUGUCAAGUUUGUGGUAAAGGGUUUAAAAGGGAUGCAAAUUUAAGGAUGCAUAUGAGAGCUCAUGGUGAUGAAUACAAAAGUAGUGCAGCAUUGAGCAAUCCAAUUAAUAAGAGCAAUAGUGAUUAUUUGAUGAGUAUGAAAAAUAAGAAAUAUUCAUGUCCUCAAGAAGGGUGUAGAUGGAAUCAAAAACAUGCCAAGUUUCAACCAUUGAAAUCAUUGAUUUGUGCUAAGAAUCAUUACAAGAGAAGUCAUUGUCCUAAAAUGUAUGUGUGCAAGAGGUGUAAUUUGAAGCAAUUUUCAGUGCUUUCUGAUUUGAGGACACAUGAGAAACAUUGUGGUGAUCUUAGGUGGCAAUGCUCAUGUGGCACUACCUUUUCUAGGAAAGAUAAGCUUAUAGGGCAUGUUGGUUUGUUUGUGGGACAUCAUCCAGUUAUCAAUGGUUUGUCAUAUAGUACUCACACAAAUUAGAGCACUAGAAAAUAAUGGCAUAUAUGUAGGUUGAUCUAUAUCUAUGUUGGUUCCAAUUUAUAUUUUUAUGUAUUUAUAAUUUAUGAAUAGAUCAUGAAGAGUGCUCUCCCAGCUUCACAACAAUAUUAUAUUUAUGUUUUAUGUAAAAAAAUCAAUGAUAUUUAUAUAAAUGUAACAAAAUAUACUUCAUCAAA